AUGGCAGGCUCCAUCCGGGUCUCACUCCCGGACAACGAAAGCAUGGCCGGGGCAGAAGACGACUCCGGCGGGUCGAUUGGCGGGUCACCGGCACGGCCGAGGCCGCAGAAGCGCCGCAGAAUCCCGGUGGCGUGCGGUGCUUGCAGAAGCAAGAAGUCCAGGUGCGAUGGCUCUCGGCCGAAAUGCUCGACCUGCCAGACCCUGAAUAUUGAAUGUGUCUAUCUUGCGCCGCCAAUUGCUACGACCACGCCUGUCCCGAGAGCAUUUCUACAGCUUGUCGAGUCCCGCCUGUCUCAGCUUGAGAGCGAUGUGCGUUCAUUGAAGAGCCAGCAGAGCGAAGCUGGCAGCGUCCCAGAUUCUGCCAUCGUGGAUCGAAGGGCAAGCAUUGCGAGCCACCGCAUUCCGAACAAUGUCCAUGAGCCAGACUCUGAUGAGUCGGCUGUGACACCGGAUGCAACUGAUGGCAUCGGGUCCAUCGAAUUCACAAAGGAGGAUGAUUCUGGGUAUUAUGGACCGUCCUCCAAUAUUGCAUUUACGCGAAGCAUUCGAAGAGCACUUUCUACACUUUUAUCCCAGAACCUAGGAAAACGCUCCCACAGGCAAGGAAGCCCGCAACGCCCUUCACUUGAUGUGUCUCGUCCUCCAACACCGCGCAAGGAGCCAACCAGAUCAGCCGCGGAAGUCUCAGGUAAUUACAUGGACAAGUCUCGGGCUACUAAUGACUGCCUGCGACUCCCGCCAGACGACGAGAUGGAUGCUAUCGUCGAACGCUUUUUCAGAGAUACAGGAGCGUUAUUCCCGUUUGUCCAUCCAAAAACCUUCAUGGACACGUACCACCGGACGAAGAGCAUCGGAUUCAGAAGGUUCAGACGAUCGUGGCUGGCUCUUCUGAACGCCAUCCUAGCUAUGGCCACCUUUACUUCUGUCAGCUCGAGCUCAAGCGCAACGGAAAGAGGGGCUAAAGCAGAGGUCUUCUUCACACGAGCAAAGGCUCUAUGUCUCGAUCAAAUGCUGAGCGGUUCCAGCCUGGAGACGGUCCAAGCCAUGCUGCUAAUGAGCCAGUACCUACAAGGAACACACCGCUCAGUCAUGACCUGGAAUAUGCACGGCAUAGCUGUCAAAGCAGCAUUUCAGUUGGGCCUUCAUUCCACCACCUCGUUGAAGGCCUACUCACCACUCGAGAGAGAGACGCGGACUCGAACAUGGUUUGGCUGUGUUAUGUUGGAUCGGACCCUAAGCAUGACUUUUGGUCGGCCUCCUGCAAUUCCAGAAUCAUACAUUCGUACCCCACUACCUCAGCCGUACAGUGGAACAGAUAUCGAUCCCAAUUCGGAGCUCUCUGAAGAGGAUACUAUGAGUAUACACUUCUUCGUGUCUACGAUCACGCUAUACAAAGUCAUGUGGACCAUCAUUGAUCGACUAUACGACUGCAACAUAGCAUGCCCCGACAACAGUGUUCUCUCCAUAGCCUCCCAGAUCCUCCAGAUCGAGCAUCAACUCUUGGAGUGGCAGGCUUCUCUCCCGCCUCUGCUGUCUCUGACUGACCCCGCGGAGAUACGGAACAACGGUGACUUCAGUUUAGCAAGACGAUUUCGGGUGAUCCUCACACUCAGAUAUCACAAUGUCCGCCUCCUCGCUCAUCGUCGCAUAUUCGACCUUUACCUCACCGGCAUUGAAAAGGGUCUGGGCUACGAUACCCAUGAGUCGAUGCUGACACAAGUUGGAGAGCGAAGCAAAACUGUCUGUCUCCAAACAGCAUCUGAACUGAUCUCCAUCGUCAACAUCAUCACUCAUUCUCCGCAACCCAAGUGUGGGUUGCUGGGUGCAUGGUGGUUUACGCUUUAUUACACCUUGAAUGCCGCGCUUACAAUCUUCACAUUGGCUCUGUGCAAUCAUGCCAACAGCGCCAUCCCUGGGGCACCUUGCAACCCCGGUGGCGUAGCUGACCAGGCUCUGAGAGACGCUUUGGCAGAAGCACUGGCCUGUCUACCAUUGAUCGACAAGGGGAACAGGAUGGUCGACAAAUGUGCCAAGUUUCUCGCCACGCUGCAGCAAUGUUUGAACUUGCUAGAUCAAAGUGGACUUGAUGAUCCUACUCAAGCGAGACCCGGUGUCAACGGGCACAUGCCUUUGGCAACGCCUCAAGGAAACCAGAACGGGCAAUAUCCAUUUGUGCCUACACCACUUGACGCAGUCAAUAUUGACCUUACAGCACUGGGCUGGGAAACAGAAAGCUUCUUGUCUUCUCUCAACGCCGGUUUCAUGGAAGGGUUCCAGGAUUCGGAUCUGUUCUGCUAG